CUGUGAGGUUAAAACAAUCAGCUGUUAGAAAAGCUCCACAGUUCACUCUUCCCCAUUUCGCUCGGCCAAACCCCUAAUUUUCAAUUUCCCUAAUCUAACCCCAGACGUUCGUGCGUCUGCAUUAGAACAUGAGCCGCUAUGACAGCCGCUCCGCCGACCCUGGCUCCUACCGCGACCGCCGCGGGGAUUCGGGGUUUGGUUAUAAAAGGGAAUACGAGAGCAGUUAUCGGUCUUCAUCUUCGGCGAAGAGAGAGUACGACGGUGUGGCACAGUCGCCACCGCGAAAAUCGGAUUUGGAUGGACUGACACCGUUUGAAAAGAACUUUUAUGUGGAGUCUCCGUCUGUUGCUGCCAUGUCAGAAGGUGAGGUGGAGGAAUAUAGGCGGCGACGGGAGAUUACUGUCGAAGGAAAGGAUGUGCCCAAGCCCGUUAAGAGUUUUCGGGAUGUUGGUUUUCCAGAUUAUGUUAUGCAAGAAAUUGUAAAAGCUGGGUUUACCGAACCUACACCUAUUCAAGCUCAAGGUUGGCCUAUGGCUAUGAGGGGACGAGAUCUUAUUGGUAUCGCAGAAACAGGGUCUGGGAAGACGCUUGCUUAUCUGCUACCUGCUAUUGUUCAUGUUAAUGCUCAACCAUUUCUAGCUCCGGGGGAUGGUCCAAUAGUUUUAGUGUUAGCUCCAACUCGUGAACUUGCCGUUCAGAUACAACAAGAAGCUACUAAAUUUGGUGCAUCAUCAAAGAUUAAGAAUACAUGCAUAUAUGGUGGGGUUCCUAAGGGACCCCAGGUUCGUGAUCUCCAGAAAGGUGUUGAAAUUGUCAUUGCUACGCCUGGAAGGCUGAUCGAUAUGUUAGAAUCACAUCAUACAAACUUGAGAAGGGUAACAUAUCUGGUCUUGGAUGAGGCAGAUCGGAUGCUAGACAUGGGCUUUGAGCCUCAGAUACGGAAAAUUGUUGAUCAGAUCCGGCCAGAUCGUCAAACUUUGUACUGGAGUGCCACAUGGCCAAAGGAAGUUGAACAACUUGCCAGACGAUUCCUGUUUAAUCCAUAUAAAGUGAUUAUUGGUUCGCCAGAUUUGAAAGCAAACCAUGCAAUUCACCAACAUGUUGAAAUUGUAUCUGAGAACCAAAAAUAUAACAAAUUAGUGAAGCUGCUGGAGGACAUUAUGGAUGGUAGCCGCAUUUUGAUAUUCAUGGACACCAAGAAAGGGUGUGAUCAAAUAACUAGGCAGCUCCGAAUGGAUGGUUGGCCUGCAUUAUCUAUUCAUGGAGACAAAAGUCAAGCAGAAAGAGAUUGGGUCCUAUCAGAAUUCAGGGCUGGCAAGAGCCCAAUAAUGACAGCUACAGAUGUUGCAGCUAGGGGUCUAGAUGUGAAGGAUGUGAAAUAUGUCAUCAAUUAUGACUUUCCGGGAUCUCUAGAGGAUUAUGUUCAUCGUAUAGGGCGAACAGGAAGGGCUGGUGCUAAAGGUACUGCAUACACUUUUUUCACUGCUGCUAAUGCCAGAUUCGCAAAGGACCUCAUUAACAUCCUCGAAGAGGCUGGACAGAAAGUCAGCCCUGAGCUGGUAGCUAUGGGACGUGGUGCACCUCCACCACCAGCGUAUGGUGGUGGGCGAGAUCGUGGAAGGGGAUAUGGUGGCGGCCGUUCUUGGAACUGAGGAAUGGAUGCUGAUGAAUCUGGUAGCUCCUGGAGUGCUCUUAGUUUUAGCUUUGUUUAGAAGACCCUGCAGUUGGCAAAUGAUGCUUGUGAACACUCUGGGGUCUUUCUUGUGUAA